UUGUUCUCUCAAUUUUUUUCCUUCUAAUUUUAAUCGUACCCAUGAUAUCGGAUUUAUUCAGUUUCCCGAAGAUUGAUGGACAAAAUAAUCGAAGGAAGGAAGAAGCGUGAAACUGCCUCGACUCCUGCGUACCCAGGACACGUGAUAAGGCCCAUCAACUCAUCCAGAUUAAGGCCUAUAUAAUAUUAGUCAGUCAAGAAUCACUUUCGACUUGAUUAGGCCCAUCAACUCAUAAAGAUUAAGCCCUAUAUAAGAUAAGCUGGUGCCCUGUUUCCUUGCUAAGUGUUGCCGUGAUAUUCAGUUUGAUCUGCUCGUCGUAUCGCCGCCGCACAACUCGCCGAAUACCAAGGCUGGUAAACAAGCGCCGCCGCCGUCGCAAAAUCCACCGAAACCAGACUACGCGACCACCACACGAUGGAUGCAUCGCCGUCAAAUCCGCCCUCGUCGACUCCGCCACAUCCGCAGACUCCUCCGCCACUACUGUUGUUGACGACGCCGCCGCCGCCGCCAGUCCCGUCGUCGCCGGCUCCGCCGCCGUCGCCGCCGCUGCCGCCGUCGCCGCCGCCGCCAUUGCCGUCGCCGGCUCCUCCUCCGCCGCCCUUGCCGUCAUCUUCGGCGCCAAGCAAUGUCAGCACAGAUAUUGAUCCUGUCAAUCAAGACGCCAUUCAUGCUGAUAUGAUUACAACCCCACCCUCGAAGAAAGCAAAAAAUUCGGAAUCCGAGGAGCAUGGAGUAUCCAAAGUCAGCAUGCCAAAUAUUGAUGUACCAUCAAAUUUGAUACGAUCUAUGUUUGGCCAGACCUACAAGUAUCUCCCUCAAGAUUAUGAAUUAACAAAUGAGGAUGUAAUGGCCAUAUUUUUAAUUGAAGAUUCGGCUGAAAAUUGUACACUGGUGGACAUGGGUCAUUUUUAUAACAAGAAACGUCACUUAACGUGCCUUCUCUCUGGAGAUAAAUUUUUGAACGAUGAUGUCAUCAGUGCGUACAUACACUGUUUGAGUGAGCAAGCAAAUAACGAUAAGAAAGUGAAAUAUGAAAACCCGUUUCUUUCUGACAUGCUGAAAGCGGCUGGGGUCAAUGGAGUAAAUGAAGAUGAAGAUAACUUUAUUACAAAGAUAGUGAAGAAUUACCUACACCAUGAACUGAUUUUUAUUCCAAUAAAUAUGAAAGAUAAUCAUUGGUAUUUAGCGGUUGUCAACAUAGAAAAAAAACAGAUACAAGUACUUGAUUCCAUGUGUAUGACAUUCAAUCGUGCUGACCUCGCAAAUACGCUACAAAGACUACAAUAUCAUCUUAAUAUUAUUGGACGGCAACAGGACUUGCCUAGCCACAAAUGGGGUGACCUCAAUGUUAUCAAGUGGCCAAUAAUAGAACAACUAAAAGAAAGAAUUCAGGAAGACAGUUCUUCAUGUGGACUAUUCAUGCUCAAACUUAUGGAGAAUUGGACAGGAGAAUCACUUUCUCGUUCUAUUACACAGGAGGAUAUUACACUUUUUAGGUCCAAACUAGCCAGUGUAUUAUUACGUUGGAAAACAAAUAAGGCGGUCAUGACGACCGGGGAACAAAUCGAAGAUACCAAAGAUAGUGAUGACGAUGUUGUUAUAUUAGGUAGUCAUCAACGGAAAUUCGGCUCUACAAGGGACAUCAAUAAAACUAAAGAAGUAAACAAAAAAUAUAGUUCACUACUCUCUGUAGUAUCUAAGAUGAGUAAACAAGAGUUGAUAAGCGGCCUUCUGCACUACAUCCAACAGAUUAAUUGUGCUGAAGCCAUGGAGAAAAUAUGGGUACAAAGUUCAAGGCCGCACUAUAUUAGCUUGAGUCUCAAACAGCUUCAAACAAUACUAAAGAAGGAUGAGCCAUUGGAAAGUGAUUGCUUCAACAUGGCUAUUCGUAAGUUCAUGUAUGAAAAAAUCGAGAUGAUUCAUAAAACUAAACAAGCAAUAUCGAAUCAUUGCUUGGACUUGCAAUUUUGGAGUGCUACUGGCUUUGGUAAAGUCCCGGUCCACCAUGACAACAUAAAUCUUGCAGAGACCGUCGGUAGUUGGUCGGAAAUUCAUUACAAACUUUCACAGUGCAAAGCGAUUCUUAUACCAGUACGCCAUGCUCGAAGUUUUAUCGUGCUUGUAGUGGACCAAGAAAGUCAAACGCUCUAUGUGUUAGACCCAAAUCCACUUAUGCCAGAAUAUAAAAAUAACCCAAAUAUGAGAUACACCAGAAAACUGAUAACUAUUUGUGAUCACUUCAACAAAGCUAUGAGAAAGGCAUGCCCUGGCUCUAGGUGGAAUGAAGACAUCAACUUGUGGAGGCAAGUAAUUGUCAAUAAUCCGGUUUACAGCAGGAGUUUAUCGGGUUUUCUUGUUCAUCUCUUCAUGUGUACAUGGAAUAAUAAAGAACCACAUUUGCCGGCAAUUAAUGAUGGUGACGAGCUAAGGAAACUUUUUUUGCUAAAUCUACUGAUGUACCAACAAAAUGAGUGUGAAAGCAACAUCCCUAACGGCGUACAAGAUUUUCUAAAGUGUAUAAAGAAUUCACAACACUAGGGUAGUUAUUUAACUAUAUGGAACAACAUUAGGGUUUAACUAUAAUAUGGAGUGAUUUAAUUUGAGGUAAUCAUCCAUUAGAAAUGCCGUAUCUACAAAUGCUGGAUGUUCUAUAUUUUUUGUUUGUGCUUUAUUUGUAUGAUAUCAUCAAAUUUUCAUAGAUGUCUUCUAUCUAUGUUACUUUUUAUAAUUUAUGUAGUAAACGCCAUGAGAUUGUUUCA